AUGAGCAAGUCAGCCAUCCAGCCUGCGCAGGACUUUGCUGCAGUCAAGGAUGUGGUUUGGAAGCCCCACUGCGGGCUCGUCAUGAUGUUCUGCACCUUGCUAGAGAUAUGGGCGCCGCAGGGCGGCCCUGCCAUCGUCUACCCUACGAAGCAGUCGGACUUGUGGCUCCCUGCGUGGCAAGCACGGUCGGAAGGAGGCGCGGACAGCGAUUCGGACAGUUUGUUGCUACGGUAUCUUGCUGAGCAGGAUCAAGUCACCGGGUUUUCCGAGACGGCGCUCAACGGGGAGGUGAUCAAGCCCUACCGCGGCGACGCCGCGUGCGACAGGCGCGAGGAUUCUGACGCGGGCCCCGCGCGGCGGGCGCGGCUGUGCGAGAUGAAAUGCGAAGCCAUAGUGCGCACCGGCGAGGCCACCGAGGGCUUCUGGUUAAGGGGCGCGCUGCCAGCGGACUGGAUUCAGGUUGCAGGUGCGCUGCAAGACGAGCAGUGGAGCAACGCCGGCACGAAAGCACUGGAGGAGAGGGUCUUCGACGCUGGCGCCGAGAUGGGCCAUGUCCGGUUGCGCGGGGCCGCGUCGAGGGCAGGGCCAGCUACGCGAGGCAGGCGCGUUGGAUGGGCAGUGGCGAAGAAGAUAAAUGGCGCGGGCGCGGAGGCCAUGCAGCAGACGCUGCAGGUUUCAAAAAUGUUGUGGCAGGGUGGCAGGUUGAUGCUCAUGUUCGAGUGCGUGGAGACCGAUCUGCGGGCCACCGUGGAGAUGCGGCUGGGGGCAGGCCUGUCCCAUCGCCGUUCAUGCGCUCUCACUUGUCAGAGGCCGAGCUCGGCCAAGGCCGAGGGGGACUUCGGGGGUCACCGGCCCGCCGUGGACCGGCGGGGCGGCGGCAGGGCGCGGCUGGGGCGCGCGGACGUCACGAUGGUCUUCCCCCACAAGGUGGACGCGAAGGUGCGGUGGGGCGAGGCCAGCCUGGAGGAGGAGCGGCGCGGGCUGCGGUGGCCCUCCGGGCCAGAGCAGCACAAGAUGGAGAACUGGCAGCAGAGGAGAGGGGGAACGAUGGCCGUGCACGCGCUCAGCGACGCCGGCCUGGUCCUGAUGCUGUACUACUCCCGGGACCGGGACGAGGUCUUUGUGAGGAUCGCAGCCGACGACCAGCACUUUCGCCAGGUGGCGGAGAUGCGGCAGUAUCAGCUGGAGCUCAAGGCGCAGUACCUCUCGGCUUACGCGCCCUACAAGAAUGACUGGGGCGGGCGUCGCGAGCUGAACUACAGCGACCACUGCAUAGUCUCGCACCUGUACAAGACCCAUCAGGACCACGGACCUGGCGGGGGAGAAGGAGGCAUACCCCCAGCCCGGCGACAUAUUCCGGACGGUGGACAGGAUUCGCUUAAUCGACUACAUAGUCCGGAAUAG